AUGGAAAUGGCGUUGCCUUUGUUGAAAAGGUCUAGUGUGACUCUGAGGGGGCAGAGUAGCAUCACCACUGAGGAAUUGCCUCUAAUUGUGAAGAUGGGUAAGCUCAGACUUCGUGAGCAAACAAUGUGGUCAGAUUUGCCUGAACAUUUGAUGGAGAGAAUACUGGAAUGCCUUCCAGUGGACUGCUUCUUCUGUUACAAGGCUGUUUGCCAGACCUGGAAUGCUCUCUUCUCAUCCCAACAUUUCAAUUCCAUAGCAAGAAAUAGCCAGCCAUUUCUCAUUCUUUGCCCCUCCAGCACCCAACUGCCCUCCCUACUCUAUUCCUUUUUCACCCACACUUGGCGAACCAUUUCUUUAUCUUUCAUACCUCAUGAGUGCCAUUGCCCCAUCAAUUUCAGAGGUUCUGCUUCUGGGCUGCUCUUGGCCGACAUUAAUGCCAAUUUCUGCUUUGGGUAUAGUUCUCCAACGCUAUGUGUUUGCAAUCCUCUUAGCCAAAUGUACUCCUUGCUGCCAGAAAUGGGUUCUGUGAGUAGAAUCAUGGCCAAGGCAAUUUUGCCAGUGGGGGAUAAAAGGAAUGAAUAUACAGUCAUGGUGGUGGGCAUGAACAGCACUGGUAGAGUUGUAGUAGAAGCAUAUAAUUCCACUACCAUGGCAUGGAAAGUUGCAGGCACCAUUCCUGAUGUGGAUAUAAGAAAUGAAAACAUGUUCUUUUGCAAGGGCUCUUUGUUCUGUGUCACUGCCAGUGGGGGUAUAAUGGCCUACAAUGUUGAACAGGGGAUCACAACAAUUGUGUCCAUGCCCACGGUAGAUGCACACAAUUUGUGGGCACGGCUUGUUUGUUGUAAGAUUGGUUUGGUUGUGGUUGGGGCAAUCGAAGAAAAUCACAGUUUGAAAGGCUUGAUUAUGUGGGAAUUAGUUUUUCAUGAGAUGGUGAAGGAUUAUAAGUGGGUAGAGAUUGGGAAAAUGCCAAAUUCUGUCUGUGAGGAGUUCAGAAGAAGCUCAAAUUCAAAUUGGUUUGAUUGCGUGGGAGUGGGGGAUAAGAUCUGUUUCAGAGCCAAUGAAAGCAUGUUGAUACUUGUUUAUGAUGUGAGCACAGCCUCUUGGAAUUGGCUAGCCAAGUUUUGUGAAGAUUUGAGAUUUGUGAGUAUGGGAUGGCUACCCCUGCAACCCAUGCCCAAUCUCAAAUUCUGCUAA